AUCUGUACAUUUUUUCAAAUGAAGCCAAUGUGUUUUGUUGCCACAUUUAUUGUUGGACAAUCAUAGGGGGUGUGGGUGUUCAUACGAUAUUGCCUAAACUUUUUGCCACUUUCAAUUGAGCCCAUGUGGCAAGUACAUUCUGUUAGGUGGCAACUGCUUACUUCAUACUUUCAUUUUCACCCUGACAUUUUGCUUUGUUCUUACCUCAGCAGAAUGGCUCGCGGUGAUCAUCAAGACGAUGAUGAUGAUUUCAUGGAGUUACCGCGGCAGAAUCAGGCAACUGGACAGAGAAAAGACGGUGAUGAGAAGAAGAAACGUAAUCACAAUAGGGCUUCACAGGAACGCCUGACUAUAUUGACCGAGGGAUUCACCGACGACCAGAAGGGAGCUGCUGCUGAGUUGGGGAUGCAGGCUCUGAUGGAUGUUCGGUGCAAGAAUCUAGUGAACCCUGUAUGCGACUGGCUCGGUGAGAUUUACGAGCCCGCCUCCAGGGAAUUUGUGAUUCCGGGACAUGGAAGACUGCCGUUAGACGAGGAAUCCGUGUUCUGCACAUUGGGUGUGCCCCGUGGAGAAAUCAAAGUCCCGUAUGAGGUCAAUAAUACGAUUGAGGAAACGUUGUUUGCCCGUUUGUUUCCUGGGAUGACAUCCAUGCCGAACACGACCGUGCUGGCAACUUCGCUGGAGGGCAUGAAAACCCAUGGCGAAGUUUUUAAGAUGAAGCUACUCAUGUACCUGAUCUCAGCUGUUUUUGCGCCGACCACAUCUCUUCGCCCAAGCAACAAAUGCUUCCCCAUCCUGGCAAAACUGAAAGAAGUGAAGAACAUGAAUUGGUGUAAGUUCAUUGCGGACUUCCUGCAUGAUGCAUUCUCAAACAAGAUGUACCAGAAGGGUUGUCGACUCCAUUUAAUGGUAUUUUUGUACUACUCUUUUCCAAACACUCCUAGCUCCUUGAGCAUGCAUGGCAACCAUGAUGGUGACAUUGUGGCAACUACCAUCAUAACAAGAUGGCAACUGUGUUGGGAAUCGUAGCAGAAUUUAAAA